AGGCCACACAGCAAGUGACAUCACUCCCAGCCGGGGCUUAAAGUCUCCCACCGUGAGGGGACCCGCUCCCUUCAGCCUCUGCUCUUGCUGUCGGACGGACGAGUCCGCCCGGGACGUGGGCCUGUCCCUCCUUUCCGGAGCAAUGAGAAGAAAAGUCCUUGAGUGAAGAUAAAAAAAAGGCUAUCCAAACUGUAAAAACAAGGCCCACCGGCCUGGGCCCCAGUGCCCCCGACGAACAUGAUGGCGUAUAUGAACCCGGGGCCCCACUACUCCGUCAGCGCCUUGGCCCUGAGUGGUCCCAGCGUGGAUCUGAUGCACCAGGCUGUGCCCUAUCCAAGCGCCCCAAGAAAGCAGCGGCGGGAGAGGACCACCUUCACCCGGAGCCAGCUGGAGGAGCUGGAGGCACUGUUUGCUAAGACCCAGUACCCGGACGUGUACGCCCGCGAGGAGGUGGCUCUGAAGAUCAACCUGCCGGAGUCCAGGGUUCAGGUUUGGUUCAAGAACCGCAGGGCUAAAUGUAGGCAGCAGCGGCAGCAGCAGAAACAGCAGCAGCAGCCCCCAGGGGCACAAGCCAAGGCCCGUCCUGCUAAGAGGAAGGCAGGCUCAUCCCCAAGGCCCUCCACUGAUAUCUGUCCAGACCCCCUGGGUAUCUCAGAUUCUUACAGCCCCCCUCUUCCCGGCCCCUCAGUCUCCCCCACCACAGCAGUGGCCACUGUGUCCAUUUGGAGUCCAGCCUCAGAGUCCCCUUUGCCAGAAGCCCAGCGGGCUGGGCUAGUGGCCUCCGGGCCUUCUCUGACCUCGGCACCCUACGCCAUGACCUACACCCCAGCCUCUGCUUUCUGCUCUUCCCCCUCGGCCUAUGGGUCUCCCAGCUCCUUCUUCAGUGGCCUGGACCCCUACCUGUCUCCCAUGGUGCCCCAGCUGGGGGGCCCGGCUCUCAGCCCCCUUUCAGGCCCCUCUGUAGGCCCCUCCCUGGCCCAGUCCCCCACCCCACUGUCAGGCCAGAGCUAUGGCCCCUACAGCCCAGUGGACAGCUUGGAGUUCAAGGACCCCACGGGCACCUGGAAGUUCGCCUACAGCCCCAUGGACCCUCUGGACUACAAAGACCAGAGUGCCUGGAAGUUUCAGAUCUUGUAGAAGCAGCUCGUCUCCGUUCCCCUCCAUCUCUUGUUGAGAUCUGCCUCCCUGAAGCUUCGAUACUCGGACGGCAGCUCCAGGAAAGCAGCGGGAGCCAGCCAUGCGGCCCAAGGCUAGGGCCACUUCUGCUUCCUGAGCGGCUUAACUCAGCACAGUCCACCCUGCUCCUCAGCCCAGUGCACCUCCUCACACUGAUUCUGGCAUUUUAACCCACAAGCCCUAGGCUGGGGCUGAGAACUUGCCCCAAGACUGGAUGAAACCAAGCCUGCUGUUGACCUGGGGGCAAUAUUUAGGUCAGAAUCGAGAUGCCGCUGAAAAAAACAGUAGAAAGGCUCAAUUCCUUAACUUUCCAUGUGACACACUUCUUUAGCAUGUGGCUAGAGAUCCUUCUAGAACUCCCAGAGACAGACUUUAAGAGGCCCCAUCAUGGAAACUUAGGCCAGCUACACAGUUCAAUCAAGAACAUUUACUCGGCAAUGUGAGCAGACUUCACAAAUGCCAGGUUUGCAUGGUAAGGUUAGGGGGCUGUUUGCUAUGUUUAGCAUUAUUUCUUAUAACAGGGAUGUCAUCGUCCAGCCAUUCAUGCAUUCGGACCUUGGGCAAGGACACAUCUGGGGGAGUGGAGGGCAGGGUGUCUGUUCCACGUCUAUCAGUUUUUCCUUGUGUUCUAGGGCGUUCUAAAGGUGAAGUUCGCCCAGACUCUGGAGGAACAGUGGUAGUUGUAAGGGGAGUCCCAGCUGCAGCUGUGGGUGUUCCAAAGAGAAGAGCAGGUGGACAGGCUUCCCACCUGUAAACAUACAAAAACCAGAGUGGGGGGUGGGAAAGAAAUGGAUUUGGAGAAAGUCCUCCAUUUCAAACAGACAAUCCCUCUUUCAGAGUCUUGUUGGCAGUUUCAAUGGCGGGACUGGACCGCUGUGCCUGGCCCGAGGACGCUUUCCCAGGGCAGCACCACAUUACUUUCUACACAGUUUGACCCACAGCCACAGAGAUGGCCCGAGGAAGACCUCAGGAAGGAGUCCCCUCAGCAUUGGGGCCCUCCUGGGAGUUUGGUGCCUUGGCUUCUGCCUCCUCAGCCUGGCUUCUCCUUUCAUUUCUGGCUUGGAGGAGUUUCACCCAUGGGUGUCACAAGGCUCGAGGUGAAAGAGAGUGGGGUGAGAAGGUGGUGGGAAGCUGGUAGAUGCUUAGCAACUGGCUCCCCAGGUAAAGGGCCUCGAUUUGUAGUGCUUGCCAAUUCCCGUGGUGUAAAUACUCCUGCUAAGGCUGAGUUCACCAAACUCAGAGUUGGGAAGAGAUGUGCGUAAUUGGGGCUCAUGAAGGGGUAGGAGCUGGCUCCAGGCCCCCAGAGUGGGAAGGGGUACCAGGAGGAAGCUGCAGUGUGAAGAGAGGCUGGGAGGCAUCAGGUGAUUUUUCUGGGUUCGGGCCAAGAGAGGUGCCCACAUCCUGAACCCCCGGUGGGUACAGUGUGAUCACUAGAGCCCACAGAGUUGGUUUACUCAACAUGCCACUUGGUCAUCUGGUGUGGGCCUGAGUCAUGCUUGACCCUGCGACCUUAAACCUGGGAGAGGGCCACUGAUAAAGAGGAGGAUGGCACGUGUUGGAGUGUAGGAUGGAGGGUUCCAGACAAGAUUCACAGGAGAGGGACAGGCAAAGAUGACAUUGUGCUGUAGCUUGGGACCAGAAUGCAUGGUUGGUUAUUCAUGUAGUAGACACUCCCACACUCUGUGGGGGAGCUGGGUGCAAAGGGGAGUCCCCCAUCCACAGGAGAGGGCACGCCUGUGCAAGCGAUUCAGCGGCAGCUUGGUGAGGGGGUUCGGGGAGGGCUUGGUGGAUGGACGUGAUGCGCUGAAGGCAGUAGAGGCUGGGACCCCUAUCUCGGAAUCUCCCAAGACUUUUCAAGGAGUUGGAAAGAGCAAGGAGUAGAACUGUGCGGGAGCUUGCUGGGCCAACCAGAGGGUCAAAGGGUUCACUUUCUAAAGCCAAGAAGAGUGACAAGGGAAGUGGGGACAGAAGGAAGGGGCCACCAUCCUUCGUCCCCCUCUUUCCCACUCCCUGGAACUCCCAGUGUCCCCUCCCCGGCCCCUCUCAGAGUGAAAAUGAUUAAAACGUUGAA